ACUUGAUAAUAUUCACCUUGCCUAACAUCUCUUCAUUUUACUUCUCUUCUUCACAAACAAACCCUUUUCAAUCAAAUUCUUUGGAAUUGGGAUUUCAAUCCAAGUGGGUUUCUAUUUUUGGUUGUUGGUUUCCAACCAGCAUAUCAACUGUGAGAACCCUACUUUGAAAUUUCCCAUAUUUCAUGCUAUUUGUAGAAAAAGAAAUGAUUUUGAGAAACUUUGAUGCAGCAAUGUUCUUCCCUGACACCACUGCAACUAAAGCCAUCAAUCCUUCUUUGUGUAAUUUCUCAUCAGGCAAGCUGGGAAUGCAAAACCUGUUGAAGAUGGAGAAAAACACAAUUAUUUGGUAUGAAUUGGGAAAAAUGGUUGCCGGGGUUGGAAGCUUCAGAGGAAUAUUGUAUUUGAAUCCAUCAACAUGUUUCCCACAUUACAUCCAACAACCCAGACGGCGGGCCAAACAAUAGUGGGAAGUUCUAUUUAACCGCAGAGUGGAAGCCCUCUUCAACAUCAAGAUACGAUCAUUUUGCAUUGAUGUCUAGGUUUCAGACCAAUUUCGCAUAGCGGUCACUGGCUUUCGGACCAAUUUUGCAUUGCGGUCACAGGCUUUCAGAUUAAUUUCCCAUUGUAGUCAUUGACUUAUUGGGCAGUUUGAAUUAUUCAGUGUCUCCAACUCUUGCUUCCAUUAUUACUUCAGAUUUUCCUAAUCUAGUCUCCUUUGUGAUCACUGGCGGCGCAUACUUAAUGAAUCUAUAAAAAUCGCGCAUCAAUAAUUUAGGGCUGAUUUCUAUACCAAAAUUGAAGGUUCUGCUUUACAAACUCAACAACAAGAAGGAACAUGUCAUCAUGCUCUCCAAGAGAGUUAGAGACUAAAUUGUCACAAUCAAGUACGGAUUUGAUUGCAAGAGGAGGACAGGAUGGUGGAAAUACAAUAUCAUGCUCUGAAAGAGCAGUGGAAGCUGAAACAGUGGACGUUGCUGUGAAUUUGAGUGCAAGUCAUGGACAAGGUGAAACCAUACCAUUAGGCACUCCAAUAGCAAUGGAAGCUAAAAUGAUUGUCUCAGACGAGGAUUUUAAUGCUGGAAACACCACAUUAAGCGCCCCAAGUGCAAUGGAAACUGUGAAUGUUGAGACAAGUGGAGGGUUGAAUACAAGACAUGGACAGGGUUGUGAACAAGAUGAAACCAUAAAAUUAGGCACUCCAAAUGAAAUCGAGACGAAAAUGAUAGUCUUAAGUGAGGAUUUGACUGUUGGAAAGACCUCAUUAAGCACUCCAAGAGCAAUAGAGAUUGUAACUGUUGAGUCAAGUGUGGACAUGAUUGCUGGAAAGACAACCUCAUGCACCACUCCGAGAGCAGUGGAGAUGGAAUUGGUGGAUGCAGGUGGAGAUUCAGUUGCAGAACAAAAUCAGGAUCAUGGACAAGGCAACGAGACAAAAUUCAGCAUUUCAAAGGAAAAAGAGACAGAAACAGUGGUCUUAAGGGCUGAUUUGAUGGCAACGCUUAAGCCAAUCUUUGGAGAAGCUGGAAACAGAACAUCAGGCACUCCAAUAGCAAUGGAAGCUAAAAUGAUUGUCUCAGACGAGGAUUUUAAUGCUGGAAACACCACAUUAAGCGCCCCAAGUGCAAUGGAAACUGUGAAUGUUGAGACAAGUGGAGGGUUGAAUACAAGACAUGGACAGGGUUGUGAACAAGAUGAAACCAUAAAAUUAGGCACUCCAAAUGAAAUCGAGACGAAAAUGAUAGUCUUAAGUGAGGAUUUGACUGUUGGAAAGACCUCAUUAAGCACUCCAAGAGCAAUAGAGAUUGUAACUGUUGAGUCAAGUGUGGACAUGAUUGCUGGAAAGACAACCUCAUGCACCACUCCGAGAGCAGUGGAGAUGGAAUUGGUGGAUGCAGGUGGAGAUUCAGUUGCAGAACAAAAUCAGGAUCAUGGACAAGGCAACGAGACAAAAUUCAGCAUUUCAAAGGAAAAAGAGACAGAAACAGUGGUCUUAAGGGCUGAUUUGAUGGCAACGCUUAAGCCAAUCUUUGGAGAAGCUGGAAACAGAACAUCAGGCACUCCAAUAGCAAUGGAAGCUAAAAUGAUUGUCUCAGACGAGGAUUUUAAUGCUGGAAACACCACAUUAAGCGCUCCAAGUGCAAUGGAAACUGUGAAUGUUGAGUCAAGUGGAGGGUUGAAUACAAGACAUGGACAGGGUUGUGAACAAGAUGAAACCAUAAAAUUAGGCACUCCAAAUGAAAUCGAGACCAAAAUGAUAGUCUUAAGUGAGGAUUUGACUGUUGGAAAGACCUCAUUAAGCACUCCAAGAGCAAUAGAGAUUGUAACUGUUGAGUCAAGUGUGGACAUGAUUGCUGGAAAGACAACCUCAUGCACCACUCCGAGAGCAGUGGAGUUGGAAUUGGUGGAUGCAGGUGGAGAUUCAGUUGCAGAACAAAAUCAGGAUCAUGGACAAGGCAACGAGACAAAAUUCAGCAUUUCAAAGGAAAAAGAGACGGAAACAGUGGUCUUUGGGGCUGAUUUGAUGGCAACGCUUAAGCCAAUCUUUGGAGAAGCUGGAAACAGAACAUCAGGCACUCCAAUAGCAAUGGAAGCUAAAAUGAUUGUCUCAGACGAGGAUUUUAAUGCUGGAAACACCACAUUAAGCGCUCCAAGUGCAAUGGAAACUGUGAAUGUUGAGUCAAGUGGAGGGUUGAAUACAAGACAUGGACAGGGUUGUGAACAAGAUGAAACCAUAAAAUUAGGCACUCCAAAUGAAAUCGAGACCAAAAUGAUAGUCUUAAGUGAGGAUUUGACUGUUGGAAAGACCUCAUUAAGCACUCCAAGAGCAAUAGAGAUUGUAACUGUUGAGUCAAGUGUGGACAUGAUUGCUGGAAAGACAACCUCAUGCACCACUCCGAGAGCAGUGGAGUUGGAAUUGGUGGAUGCAGGUGGAGAUUCAGUUGCAGAACAAAAUCAGGAUCAUGGACAAGGCAACGAGACAAAAUUCAGCAUUUCAAAGGAAAAAGAGACGGAAACAGUGGUCUUUGGGGCUGAUUUGAUGGCAACGCUUAAGCCAAUCUUUGGAGAAGCUGGAAACAGAACAUCAGGCACUCCAAGAGCAGUGAAGAAUGAAAUGGUUGAGACAAACAUGGAGUCAAUUACUAGAUGCAAAAGGGUUUGUGAACGAGCUGGAAUAGAAAAAGGUCCAUCAUCACCUGAAGGAAAAGCUACAGACAAGAAAAGAGAUUCACCUUUUCCUGAAAGAGCAAGGUCAUCUAAACGAGGUGGUAGAAGAGGCAUGCAGGGUACGUGGAACCAACCUACUCAGAAGAGGGCAAGAAUAGGAGAAAAAAACAAGGAAAUUUGUGAUCCUGGACCAACCUCAAUAAUGGAAGAAGGUCCGUUAUCAUCACCUGAAAGACAAGCAGCAAACAACAAAAGAGGUUCGCGUUUGCUUGAAAGAGUUAGGUCAUGUAAACGAGGCACGAAAAGGGGCAUGCAGGGUACGUCAAGCCAGCCUACUCGGAAGAGGGUGAGAAUAGUAGAACAAAACAAAGAAGUUAAUAAUCCUGGACCAAGCUCAAUAAUGGAAAAUAGUCCAUCAUCACUUAAAAGACAAACAGCAAACAAGAGAAGAGAUUCACCUUCAUCUGAUAGAGUAAGGUCAUGUAAGAAAACCACUUUUCUAUGGUUGAUAGACUCUAAGAUUAUUAAGGAAGAUGAACCAGUAAGCUAUAGGAGUGCUACAAUUAAAAAGGCAUUAGCAGGAAGGAUUACUAGGGGUGGAAUUCUCUGCAGCUGUUGCCAGGAGGAGAUAUCAAUGUGGACCUUUGAGAACCAUGCUGGAAGUACUCUUAAACAGCCCUAUAAACAUAUUUACAUUCACAGAAAACGCCAAACCCUCCGAAAAUGCUUGAUUGAUGUUUGGCAACAUGCCCGGGAACAAAAGCGUCGCGGAAUGCAUUUGUAUGUGCCGAAAGAAACUGAUGCAGACCAAAAUGAUGAUGUUUGUUCAGUCUGUGGUGAUGGGGGAGACUUAAUCUGUUGUGACAGGUGUCCUUCCGCAUAUCAUCUAUCUUGCAUGAAUAUAGAGACGGUUCCCCAAAAUGAUUGGUUUUGUCCAUAUUGUGUAUGCAAACACUGUGGGCUGGUUGUGGACCUGGUUGUCGAGAAAAAAGAUACUAUGAGAAAAAAGAAGGCUUCAAGUGCUCCCAAUGUGAUAAAAAGUAUCAUUGGGAGUGCUUUGAAAAAUAUGAAAAAGAAUCCUCAAAACAAAUUAAACCUUCAAGAUCAUAUUGUGGGCGAGGUUGCGAAGGGAUAUAUGCGAAAAUGGGAGUAUAUCUUGGAAUCAGAAAUGAUUAUUCAGCAAAAUACUCUUGGAGGGUUAUCCGCCUCAUGGAGACAUACAAGAAUUCGGCAUAUAUGAAUCUAUUCUUAGAAAACAAUUCAAAGGUUGCAGUUACUUGGAUGUUAAUGAAUGAAGCUUUUGAGAAAAUAACUGACAGGAAAACAGGCAUCAAUGUUGUUCGAAGUAUAGUUUACAGCUGCAAGUCAAACUUAUCCAGGAUUGAUUUUAGCCGUUUUUAUAUGUUUGUUCUGGAGGAAGAUGAUGCGAUAAUUGCUGCAGCUUCUAUAAGGUUUCAUGGCUCGAGGAUUGCAGAAAUGCCACUUAUUGCAACAGAACUGGCA